AUGUUGAAAAGUUCAGGUUCAAAACAUUCAAGUACAAAUAGUAAUGGGUCAAAUAACCCUUCAAGUUUAUUCCAAAAUUUAAAACGUUUAACAAGUAAUAAUAGUAAUAACACAUCAAAAUAUACAGAAUCCUAUUCGAUCAAUAAAUCUAGCAUCAGCUCUCCAUUACAAAAACAUGACACAAAUUUACCUCCAUCUUCUUCUUCUUCUCCUUCUUCUAACGCUAGUGCUAUAACCACUACGAAUAAACCACUAAACAAAAAAUCAACUUUAAAUACACAAAAUUUAUCGCAAUACAUGGAUCAUGCAAGAUCCUCAUCAACAAAUAGUGCAUCUGCAUCAAAAUAUUCUUCUUCAAGAAGAUCUUCCACUCAGGUUUCAACUUCAGAAUCUUUGAGAAGACUAUCUCGACAGCACACUGGACAAAGUUCUUCUGCAAGUAUACAUUCACAAAAUUCAUCGUACAUUAACUUUUCAAAAUUUAUCACUCCAGAUGGUAAAACUAAUUUAGAAAUGCCAAGAGAUCCCAAGGAAAUUGAAAAUCUUUUUGAAGAAAUAAUGUAUAAGAGAAAUAUCUUACAAAAUUUAUCAGUGGAAAAACAACGUGAAUUGAUGAAUUAUGACGUUAGAAAAAAAUGGUUAAUUGUAAAACAAGACAUACAAAAUGAAUUCAAAAGAAUAAGGGCAACAAAAAAUGGCCCUAAAAAUUCUUCUCUAGUAAAUGUCGAACAACUAGUAUAUUCUCCUACCACGACAACUACCAAUAAUAAUAAUAAUAAUAAUAAUAGUAAUUAUAAUAAUACAUCUCCAAUGGCUUCAGUAGCAUCAAAUGAAUAUUAUCCCAUGACAAGCCCACAAACUAAAAAACCCACUAGUCACGAAUUGUAUCAACUAACUGAAAGUAAUGCAAGUACAUCGACACUUUCAUCUGAUAAGACUAAUCGUCCACCAAAUCGUUACGUGGAAAAAAUUAUUGCAGAUAAAUUAUCUCCAGAUGAAAUGAGAGAUCUUUGGGUAACUUUAAGAACGGAACAAUUAGAUUGGGUAGAUUCAUUUCUAGAAAAUCAAGGACAUAUCGCAAUGGCUAAUAUAUUAAUGAAACAAAUUUAUAAAACUACUCCAAAGGAUCAUUUGAGUUCAAAGCUACUAGAAAAAGAAAACUCUUUUUUUAAAUGUUUUAAAGUACUUUCAAUGUUAUCACAAGGUAUUUAUGAAUUUUCAAAACACAAAUUAAUGACUGAUACAAUUGCAAGAGGUCUCUUCUCAACAAGAUUAGGUACAAGGAAAAUGGCUAUUGAAAUAUUUGUCUGCAUGUUAGAGAAAAGAAACAAAUCAAGAUUCGAAGCCAUCUUAAAUUCAUUGGAUCAAAAUUUUAGAAUUGGUUCAAAUUUUCAUAUGUUUCAAAAUUUGAAAAAAUUACCGCAAUAUUUUAUUCAUUUAACUCCAGAUAGUCAUUUAAAAGUUUUACAAGCAUGGUUAUUUUCUAUUGAAAAUACAAUCGAUGGUAGAGGUAAAAUGGGUUCAUUAGUUGGUGCAUCAACUGACUUAAAAAAUUCAGGUGGUGAAAAUGCUAUCUUAGAAUAUUGUCUUUGGACAAUGGUUUUUGUUAACAUGCUUUGUAAUGCAUCAACUAUUAUUCAACAACGUAUGUUAUUAAGAACAAAAUUAGAAAAUUCAGGUUUCUUACGUAUAAUGAAUAAAAUUAAAUUAUUAAACUACGAAAAAGUUAUUGAUGAAAUUGAAUCGUAUGAAAAUAAUAAAUUGGAUGAUUUUAAUUUAAUGUUAGAAUCCAAGAAUAAAAAUUCAAAUGUCAAUUUACAAGAUCCAGUUUCAUUAUUGAAUAAUCUUUGGCAAUCAUGUAAAGGUACUGAAAAUGAAAAACUUUUAAUUUCAUUAAUACAACAUUUAUUUUUAUCAAGUUCAAGACUCAUUGAAGAAGUUGAUGAUCCAACAAAACUUUCCAAGCAAUUGAAAUUAAUGGAUUCAUUAGUAACAAACGUAAGUUCUUCCUCAACGGCAGAUGAAGAAUCAACAAUGAAUAUGGCAAUUCAACGUCUUUAUGAUUCCAUGCAAACUGAUGAAGUUGCACGUCGUGCAAUUCUGGAAAGUAGAACAUUGACAAAAAAAUUAGAAGAAUUACAAGCUGAAAAAGAUUUACUCCAUGAAAAAUUAAGUAAAGCGGAAAAUGGUCUCGUAGGUCAAUUGGAAAAUGACUUGAAUGAAAGAGAUCAAAUUCUAGCAAAGAAUCAAAGAGUUACUCAACAAUUACAAUCUGAAUUAGAAGAAUUGAAAAAAAAACAUUUGUUAGAAAAACAUGAACAUGAAGUUGAAUUGAGGAAAAUGUUAACAAUAUUAAAUACAAGAUCUUCUACUAAUGAUGGUGCUAAAACCAUUGAUAAGGAUAAAGAUAAUAUAUCAAAAUUAAAUCUUCAAAAACAUGAAAAUAUACAAAAAGUUUUGCAGGAUGGAUUAAUACGUGCUAAAAAUGAUUUUACUAUUGAUGCCAAGAAAUUUGGUAUGACUGUACAACCAAAUAAAAGACUUAAAAUGUUAAGAAUGCAAAUGGAAGAUAUUGAAAAUGAGGCAAGACAAUUAGAAAUGACAAAUUUCACUGAAUUUGAAAGAAAAAAAUUGGAACCACCAGUAGAAGUAACAAAACCAAAACAUCGUCAUAAGAAACAUAAAAUUGAAAAAAUCAACCAACAAGAAAGUAAUGACCAAAAAUCAAGAAUCAAUAAAUUAAAUGAUUUAAGAGAAGCAUUAGCUGAAAUUCAAACAGAAUCGAAUAAUAUUUCUAAAUUUAACUUAGAAGAACGUGUUAAUGAAUUAUUUAAUGAGAAAAAAUUGAAAGCUCUCCAAAGACUCAAAGAAUUGGAAACGAAAUAUAAAGAUUUUGGAAUUAAUUUUGAAAUGAAGGAUUUUCUAGAAAAUAAGCCUAAUGAUGGUACUAAAGAGGGAUCAACAGAAGAGGAAUAUGAAAGUUUAGAUCCCAAAAUUUAUGAGAAAAAGUUGGACGAUAUUGAUAGACUUACAGAACAACUUUUAAAUUUACAGAAAACUCAGGAAUUACGUGAAGAAUCAUCGUCUUCGUAUUCAAGUUCAGAAAGUGAUGAAGAAAAUGAUGAUGAUGAAAUAUUUGUAGCAUCAUCAUCAUCUAAACCUGCUGGUUCAGGUACUCGUUCCUUUUUAGAAACGCUAUCAGAAAAAUAUGGAACUGGUCAAAAGAAUGUCGCAAUGACAGCUACACCUAAUAGUCGUAUUGUCACUCAAAGCGAAAAGCAAUUCUUAGAUCGCAUGAGAAGAUCAUCAACAGCUGCUCCAUUUUUACAAGAAUUGACUGAAAAAGUAGCACCGGCACUCUCGGUGAAUGAAGAACAAGAGGAAGGAGAAGAAAAUAAUCGGGAAGAUAAAAUAGUGACUGGCUCUUCAAAGGUACCAAGUGAAGUAGUAAAGACUACUCUUGAAAAUGCUGAUAAAAAUGCUGGAAAAAUCGACUCAGUAUCUUCCGCUGAUGCAGAUAUUGUGAAAGACAAAUCUACGGGUGCUCUACCCACUCCUCCUCCACCACCUCCACCAUUACCUGUGCAAAUUUUUGCUACUAACAAUGAUGUUGGUACUAAUAGUGAUGUAUUAGAUAAUACUUCUGUUGCUUUACCACCUCCUCCACCUCCUCCACCCCUUCCUUCUGCAUUGUUUGAAAGUGGUUCUGCACCCUUAUCAAGAGGAACUUCUCCCACACCAACGCCUCCUCCACCUCCUCCUCCACCUCCUCCCCCACCACCCUUUUCAGCAGAAACUUCUGCUAAUUCAACUAGUUCGGUGCCACCUCCAGCAUUACCACUAAUGGGUGGAAAAUCUGUGUCAUCUUCUCCUCUACUUCCUCAAUCUCCCUCUUUAUUCGAAAGAUAUCCUCGUUCUCAGAAAAAAAUGAAACAAUUACACUGGGAAAAAAUCGAAACUACUGAUAAUUCCAUUUGGACAACUGGUAAGGCUGAACGUUUUGCUGAUGAUUUGUUCGAAAAAGGUGUAUUCUCUAAUUUAGAAAAAGCGUUUGCUGCAAGAGAAGUUAAAUCCUUAGCUUCAAAGAGAAAAGAUGAUUUGGAUAAAAUUACCUUCUUAUCUCGAGACAUUUCACAACAGUUUGGGAUUAAUCUUCACAUGUACAGUUCAUUAUCAGUAGAAGAUUUAGUUACCAAGAUUUUGAAGUGUGAUAGAGAUUUCUUACAUACACCUAGUGUAAUUGAAUUUUUAUCUAAACCUGAAAUUACGGAAGUUUCUGUUAACCUAGCUAGAAACUAUUCUCCUUAUACAACUGAUUGGGAAGGUCUUAAAUCUAUUGAAGAUGCUAAACCCCCAGAAAAGGAUCCUAAUGAUUUACAAAGAGCAGAUCAAAUUUACCUACAAUUAAUGGUCAAUUUACAGCCAUAUUGGGCAUCUCGUAUGAGAGCUUUGAAAAUUAUUACCACUUACGAAAAGGAAUAUAACGAAUUACUACUGAAAUUAAGGAAAGUCGAUAAAGCUGUUGGCUCCUUACAAGAAUCAGAAAAUUUACGUAAUGUCUUCAAUGUUAUCUUGGCAGUUGGUAAUUAUAUGAAUGAUACUUCAAAGCAAGCACAAGGUUUCAAAUUAAGUACACUUCAAAGAUUAACAUUUAUUAAGGAUUCUACUAAUAGUAUGACGUUUUUAAAUUACGUUGAAAAAAUUAUUAGAAUGAACUAUCCUUCUUUCAACUCCUUUUUACAAGAACUAGAGCCAGUUCUUGAAGUUGUUAAGAUUUCUAUCGAACAAUUAGCCAACGACUGUAAAGAAUUUUUCCAAUCUGUCACCAACGUAGAAAGAUCUAUUGAAAUUGGCAAUUUGAGUGAUUCUUCAAAAUUCCAUCCAUUAGAUAGGGUCUUGGCCAAAGUAUUACCAACCUUACCUGAUGUUCGAAAGAAAGGUGAUUUACUUAACGAUGAAGUGAAUUUAACUUUAAUGGAAUUUGAUGGUUUAAUGCAGGUAUAUGGAGAGGAUACAAGUGAUAAAUUUGCCAGAAAUUCUUUUUUCAAGAAAUUUGCAGAUUUUAUAAAUGAGUAUAGAAAGGCUCAAGAGCAAAAUAUCAAAGUUGAAGAAGAAGAAGAGGCAUAUGAAAGACACAAGAGAAUGGUUGAAGAGCAACAAAGAAAAGCUGAAAGAAAGGAAGCUAAGAAUCAAAAUAAUAUUGACGAAAAUGAAGAUGAUGACCAGGAAAGAACUGAUAGACGUGGCACCAUGGAUAAAUUGUUAGAACAAUUAAAGAAUGUGGGUCCAUCGAGAGCAGAUCCUUCUUCUGCAAGAAAGAGAGCUUUAGCAAGAAAGAAAAUGCUAACAGAUAAAGAGGGAACUGUUAAUAUGAUGCACGAUUUAGAAACUGAGAGUGAUUCAAUUAUCUAUUCUCCAGAUAAUAAAGCUAUAGGCUCAACUCCAUUUGGUGCUAACGGUGCUUCAAGUCACAAACAAAAUAGUAAUGAAUUAUCGCCAUCUAAGGGAUUUAGAGAUGAUUUGAGUGAGGAAGAAAUUUCAGAAAGAGCCAAAACAUUAUUGAUGGGAUUGAGAGGUACUGCAUCACCUUCCAAAAGAAAUUCUAUGUUGGAUGAACAUAAGGAAAAAUUGAGAGCACGUAGAAGAAGAACGAAUAAUGACUUACCAAGCGGUAGCAACAAGUUGAAAUUUUACGACACUAAUGAAAAGGACAUAUCGAACGAGCCAACUGAAAAAUCUGAGCAAGAUGAGUACAGGACAGAGCAAUCUAGUCAAAUAGUAGAUGAACAGACCAGCGAUGCUAAGGUUGACUCUACAGAUGAGCAUGUGAUAGAAAAUGGCAUAAAAGAGGAAAAUAUAGAUGAUGAUAAUUGA